ACUCCCAUGCACACACGCAAAGAUAAAAAGCCAGUAAUCAUAACCACCAAAAGCCCCCUCCCUCUCUUCCCUUCUUCCUAAUCUCUCAAAGCUACAAUAUUAGCACAAUCUGUGCUAGCUAUGAGAGUCCCUGUUUCUUCCUCACAAAACAAUCAUCAGCCUUCUAGUCCCAAGUCAAAUAUUUCCCACAACACCACCACCAACACUAUCACACAAGACUUUGUCUACGAACCCACCUCGGUUCUUGACCUGCAUCAGAGUCCUAGUCCAGGAACGGAGAAGCCGGUGGUUUCAGACAAGCUGUCACAGCCUAAUGAUCCGCCUCCUUUGGAUUGGGAGGAUCACGCGCUACAGAAUUUGGAUUGGGACUCUAUUAUGCAAGAUUUUGAGUUUCAUGACGAAUCCGUAGUUCCUGCUUUGACGAGCACUACUGUUAAUUCUCAAUUCACCACUGCCGGCAGCGAUUCUCAUGAUCAGAAUAUUACACAUAAGUUGUCUGAGUUGGUUGGGUUUAAUCAGCUGGCACAGUUAGAUCCUACUCAAUUUUUGAACCCUGAUGUGUUUUCAAAUGCAAUUCCGUCUCAUAAUUUGAACUCCAACUCGUUUAAUCUUACGAGUAAUUGGAGCAGUAUUGGUCUUGAUUUUAUUCAAGAACUUAACAGAGCAGCUGACUGUUUCGACUCGAAAGAGUUACAACUGGCUCAGGUGAUACUGGACCGCCUCAAUCAACGGUUACGAGCACCAGUUGGGAAACCAAUUCAAAGAGCAGCGUUUUUCUUCAAAGAAGCUCUUCAGUCUCUUCUCAACGGGUCGAUUCGCCCGAACCGACUCUCUUCCUGGCCCGAGAUUGUUCAAACUAUCAGAGCCUACAAAGCCUUCUCGUCUUUGUCUCCGAUUCCAAUGUUCACUCACUUUACUGCCAAUCAAGCACUUCUCGAAUCCAUGGAAGGAUCUCCACCGUUCAUCCACAUCAUUGAUUUCGAUAUCGGACUCGGCGGCCAGUAUGCUUCGUUCAUGAGAGAACUUGCGGAGAAAGCAAUCUCUUGCAAAAUCAAUGCUCCUGUUCUUAGAAUCACUGCUGUUGUGGCCGAAGAGUACGCGAUCGAAACCAGAUUGAUCAGAGAAAAUCUCACUCAGUUCGCUCAAGAACUCAAAAUCAGAUUCCAAAUUGAGUUCGUUCUUAUCCGCACUUUUGAAAUGUUAGCUUUCAAGGCAGUCAAGUUUAUGGACGGAGAGAGAAUCGCGGUUCUGUUGUCUCCGGCAAUCUUCCGCCGUCUCGGCACGACGACAAAUUUCGCUAGCUUUUUCAGUGAUCUCCGCCGCGUGUCACCAAGCGUCGUGGUUUUCGUGGACAAUGAAGUAUGGAAUGAAUCAGGAGCGGCGUCGUUUUGGAGGAAUUUUAUCAACAGUCUCGGGUUUUACUCGGUGAUGUUUGAAUCCCUGGACGCGGCUAUUGCGGGGGGUGAUUGGGCGAGGAGGAUAGAGAUGUUUUUACUGCGACCUAAAAUUUUUGCGGCGGUGGAAGCGGCUGGCAGGCGAGUGGCGUCGUCGUGGAGGGAGUUGUGUUGUGGAGCGGGAAUGAAGCCGGUGCAAUUGAGUCAGUUCGCGGAAUUUCAAGCGGAGUGUUUGCUGAGGAAGGUACAAGUAGGAGGCUUCCACGUGGCAAAAAGACAAGCUGAUUUGGUGCUUUGUUGGCACGAACAUGCCCUGGUUGCCACGUCGGCUUGGCGGUGUAAAUGAUAGUGAGUCAAGCUAUGUUGUUACUUUAAUGCAAUUUAGGGUUUAAAUCACAUAAACAAUGUAUCUGGAGAGGUGAGAAAAGACUGCAAGUCUCUGCACAAAGCUCAACUCUCUGUUACUUAUGGUGUAAAAUGUUAUCCCAAGUGGCUUGUUUUUGUUUUGGCAAAGGUUAUAAAAAAAAUGUGCUAAGGCCUGUGAAUCAUUGAAUUCACAUCUUUGGACAA